AUGGAGAAUUCUGCCAUUUCUUGUCAUUCAAAGAAAGAUGCAUCAGAUAAUAAUACUCCUGAGGAGAGUAGUUGGACAUUCUACAUUCAAGAUUUCAUGUGUGAAAAUGGUGAAAAAUCUUGUUUUUCUUCUGAUUAUGAAAGCCCUUCUCUUAUCUCAGAUGCUGAUUCUUCUGCAGUCAAAAGAUUUCCCAAUAAUUCUACAGGUUUAAUUUCUUCUAAAUAUUGUAAUCCUAACUUAAAGAAGAAGAAACCUAAAGUACCAGAAGUUGAUGAAGAUUUAGUGGACACUGCCAGCUCUCCCGUAAAUAGUCCAAAGAUUUCUUAUAUGAACCAGUUUAUGAAUCAGAAAGAUAAGGCUAAGAUGGAUGUUGCAGAUCAGGUGAAAAGAAAUAGUUUGGGCCAGAGAGGCUAG